CUAACAAAAUCGCAAUUCUCAUGUUACGGGUGGCCUACAUGUAAGUGCUGGAUGCCCGAAAUACUAAAACCUUUGAGAAGUCAGCAGGAUAAACGAUCAGUUAAGGCCAGUUCAGAAGGUCGUCAAUCGAUAGUCGAGUGGAAUGCGCGCGUUGGUGACUGUCAUUUCCUUUGUGGUCCGCAGAAGAAGUAUGUGCAUCGAGUAGACUCUGGUAUCAACUAGGAACCGUUAUCCGAACCGCGCAAAACUAAAACUUUAAAACUGGAACGCCUCAAUUGACAAAUUCUUAGACCUCGGUUGUGGAGGAUCUUCUUUAUUUACAUAGGCUUACUGACCAGUACUGCAGGAUUGGACUUCCUUGUGAGGAUGGCUUCCACUCAUGCCAAGUCUGCCUGCCUAGGCGAGGUAUUGCCUUUUCACUAGUACCAGUGUAGUGAGAACAGCGAACGAAAGGUGACACCCUUCUCUGUGUUCUCGUUAUUCACUCAAAGCACAAAACGUGUAAAAUGGCGGGAUUCGAGAAUGGUGUUGAUACGAUGGUCAGUCAAAACAGUGGUAACGACGUGAAGCUGUUGUCGUCGGCAGAUCAAAAGACGCAUUCCAUAGGAACCGGGCCUCCGCCGUCGACUGGAUGCGACGACAUUUCGUUUCAUGAAACAAACGGGACACAUGGGGCUGAGAGAGAGGAUUGUUACCUCGCGGAAGAGGUCAUUGGAUCAGGCUCAGAGAAAUUGAACGAGCAUGCAUCCGAUAACUCUUCUAUCAAAAAUGAUUGGUCUUCAUCUUUGAUUCAAAACUUUCAAGGUUACAAAGCAGUGAUUAUGUUCGCCUCAUUUUUCUUCUCUAUGGUCAGCACUGGUAUUGGACUAUCUGUGGGAGUGUACUUCAUCGCCCUUCAGGAAGAGUUCGAGACAGGAGCAUCACUUACUGCGCUGACGUCGUCACUUUACGUUGGGAUACGUAGUUUUACUGCCCCACUAUCGAGUCUCCUCGUUGAUCGAUUUGGCAUCCGUGUCGUUGUGAUGACUGGCGGUCUCAUAGCAACCGUUGGUUGCCUAGCAACAGUAUUUGCAAAUAGUUUCUUCUUCGUGUUGUUCACAUUUGCAAUUAUCACUCCAUUAGGUGCAGGAUUAGCAUACGUGCCAGCAAUGACCAUCCCUGCUGCCUAUUACGAUCAACGAGGCAGAGCAUUCGCUUUCUCAUUCGCCUCAGCAGGCGCUGGCAUCGGACAGUUCGUGAUGUCAAACGUUCUCGCAGCGACGAUAGAGGCCUACACCUGGCGAGGGUCUAUGUUCAUAUCUGCAGGAGUCAUAUUGCAGAUCGUUGUCUUAGGUGCUCUGAUGCGGACCCCAAAAACGUGGAAAAAAACCCAACCAAAACAAACUGAUGAAAGGUCGUCUUACCGCAACCAGAUUCUCAGGAUUUACAAAAAUGUGGAGUUGGUUAUGUUCUUUUUGCAUUAUAUCCUGAUUUCAUGUGGACUCUCCGUCAUAUACGGGUACAUAACAGCCGUGACAGAGACACUUCCAAAUGUGUCCAAACAGCAGGCUGCACUGCCCUUGUCAAUGAUAGGCUUGUCAAUGAUAAUUGGCCGAACGGCGAGUGGAGUCAUUGGGCAGCUCAAAUGCGUUAACGUUUUCCUGUUUUACUGCCUUGCUACGCUUGUAUCCGGUUUUGUGAUCAUGCUCGUUCCGGUUGUGGCAGGUUAUACAUUUACAGUAAUUUGCACAUUCGUGUUUGGCCUCCUACUCGCGCCGUAUGGCUGCCUCUACAACAUCGUGAUGCUCUAUUUCUGUGACCUGUCCGACCUUAUGGCUGCCUUCGCACAUAUGUCCCUGCUGAGUGGAUUAGGAUUUGUCUCUGGAGCACCACUUGCUGGUUUGCUAUAUGAAGUGACAGGGUAUUACGACUCUUCCAUCUACCUCGGAGGUGCCCUCAUUGUCGCAAGUUCUCUCGUACUGGUCUGGCCUUACAUGAGCCACAGACGAAGGCAUGCGAAGGAGAUGGCCAUCAUAGGAGACCAGGUCAAGGCACUAAGUGUUGGAAGUAUGGGAAUGAUCGGAAGUCAAUGUAUGACUUAUGGUCUCCAAGAGGUUUUAAGGUCUGAAAUAUCAGUUGACAAGUUAUGAACAAAGGACUUUAAGAUAGGAUAAAGAGUCGGAAGUGUUCAUCAAUACUUUGAAAUAGUUUUCUAAGAGGUCGGUGAAUAGGCCUUUGAUUUGCACGUAAAUCAUUGACCUGCUCACUGUGUGGCUCGCUUGAAAGGAUUAAACGGAUGGUCCUUGAAGAAAGCAUCGAAGUUUGUAUUCAUAAGUCGUACAAGUCUUUUUUAGCUCACCUCUUAGCAGAGGUGAGCUUAUCCCAUACCGUGGCGUCCGUCGUCCGUCGUCGUCGUCGUCGUCGUCGUCGUCGUCGUCGUCCGUCGUCCGUUAGCAGGGCACGUUUCGUAACUGUUAGAGCUAUUGAGUUGAAACUUGGUACACAUGUACCCUUAUGUAAUGACACCUGGGAGACCAAGUUUCGGUCCGAUUCGUUUCAUGGUUUGGCCACCAGGGGGCCAAACGUUAAAAGUGAAAAUAUGCAAUAUCUCCCUUAAUAGUAGUCGGGAAAUUUUGAAAAAAAUAUGGCAGGUACUUCUAGCAAAGGUGCAUCAUAUAUCC